CCGAAGUGGGCGUGCGAGCCCUGCUGUUCGCAGCCUUCCUGGUGACUGAGCUGCUCCCUCCCUUCCAGAGGCAUAUCCAGCCAGAGGAGAUGUGGCUUUACCGGAAUCCGUAUGUGGAAGCGGAGUAUUUCCCUACCAAGCCGAUGUUUGUGCGUGGAGAACUAUCCUUUGCCUGCCGCAAUACUAAGCUUGAUGCUAGGAAGCAAAAUGUGGUCAUUCUGGCCCCAAAAUUAUCUUUGUAGGGAACUUAUUGCUCCCUUGGUUGAUGUGCUCAAGCAUUUCCUUCCUGAUUUUAAGAUUCAGAUUUAGAGAGCAAGAUGUUAAGUCUGUUUUGGCUGCAGAUGGGUUCUCUUGUGAGCCCUGUUCCCCAGCACGCUGUAACUGGUCCUUUAGAACAAUGGUGGGUGUUAUUUACCGGUGGAACUACCAGCUCACAGUUACCCCAAGAAGAACAAAGGACCCUAAGAGCCCUCUGCUUACAUAAAAGGAAUUGUUUUGCUAUGAAAGUUCUGCUGUUAUGUCCAUCCCUCUCUGUAGGGGUCACUUUAACAACUAAUGUGGGGUUUUGCUGUUUUAUUUUUGACAUAUUCUGCUUCAGGUCAUUGCAUUCCUCUCUCCACUGUCUGUGAUCUUCCUGACCAAAUUUCUCAAGAAGGCAGAUACAGCAGACAGCAAACAAGCCUGCCUGGGCCACGCCCAGAUUUCUUUUACCGCUGCUUCCCUGAUGGGCUAGCCCAUUCUGACCUGAUGUGCACAGGGGAUAAGGAUGUGGUGAACGAAGGCCGCAAGAGUUUCCCUAGUGGACAUUCUUCCUUUGCAUUUGCUGGUCUGGCCUUUGCUUCCUUCUACCUGGCAGGGAAGUUACACUGCUUCACAGCACAAGGCCGUGGGAAAUCUUGGAGGUUUUGUGCCUUUCUGUCACCUUUACUUUUUGCAACUGUAAUUGCACUGUCCCGCACCUGUGACUACAAACAUCACUGGCAAGAUGUACUAGUUGGAUCCAUGAUUGGAAUAACAUUUGCCUAUGUGUGCUAUAGACAGUAUUAUCCUCCUCUGACUGAUGAAGAAUGCCAUAAGCCAUUUCCUGACAGACAUGCACUUCCUGCUCUUCAGAAGAAGUCUGGUGAUUCUUACUGUUUGGAUAUUUAAGUCAGAUCUAAAUUCAGUGCAGAAUAGGUGAAUCAAUCCUCCUAACUGGAACCAAGCACAAAACAAGAAUUUCUGGCCUUUUUACCUCUUCCAAGGUCCAAGUGAUGACAUAAGCUACACUGUAUUCAGCCUCCAUGUGCUUAUGAACUUUUGCCCCACUUGAUGUGGAUCUACCAUGAGGAGUCAAAGUUCUUUUCCACUACCGCAUGCAACCCGUUCUGAUAAAGGGAUCCUUCAAUAGUUCUCCAAUGAUUUAUGAAUAUGGUCCAUCAGAUUGGUAUCUCAAGAUUUAGUGUUUUAAUAUUUAAUUUAAAUGCUACUCUUUGAAGGAUCUUUUCACAAAAAUUUACACACCCCUACUUUAUCCUAGAAGCCAGUCAAUUAUCAAAACAAAUUUGUGAGCCAGGUGAGGUGGCGCACACCUCAGGAGGUUGAAGCAGGAGGAUGGCAAGUACAAAGCCAGCCUUAGCAACUUAGUGAGGCUCUAAGCAACCCAGUGAGACCCUGUUUCCGAAUAAAAUAUAAAAAAGGGGCUGAGGAUGUGGCUCAGUGGUUAAGCACCCCUGGGUUCAUUCCCCAGUACAAAAGAAAAAAAUUGUUUCUCAUAAAUCAAAAUCCUAAAAUCAAAGGCAUGAUCAAAUUACUUUAAUUCUACACUUCCUUUAGUGACAAUUCCAUUAAAUAGGAAAAUAUCCAAUCUUAGCUAAUUUACCAUUCUUAUCUUAUCCAAGUCCAGGCAUCUGGUGUUACUGUCCAUUUUGAACACCGGGCAUAAACAAUCCGUUGAAUUACUAAGAAACCAUAGCAAAAAAGAAGAAAAUGGUCAGGAGUAUGGUUUCUGCACUAACAACAGAUGAUUUUUUUCUACCUCAUUUCUCGUUAUAACUGUGCUUAUGAGCUUCUUGCCCAAAUUCAACUCUGCCAACUGAGGUAGGAAAGAAAAGUUACAGAUAUCAUUAUUGGGAGGACAAAUGAAUCAUUUUCUGUCUUUUCUUCACAAGAAGAUACAAGAAACAAUUACAUUACAUCAUCGGAACUGAUGUUCAAGUACUACAGCUAGCUGUUGUUUUCUUGUGAUUAUAUUUUAAAUAUGAUUUUUACUUAUGUGUA